GUUUGUUUAAAUUUUCCAUUUAAUUAAUUAAAUUAUAAAUUAUAAAUUAUUAGUUUGGCUUUCUCUGCAUUUCUUCCUCUCAAGAACAACAGAGAAAAAUGGUUCCUUUUGCCCAUAAUGCCUGUGUUGAAUGGAGUUUUCUGGUCACACCAAAACUGUAUUCCAUCGAAUCCGUCAAAUCGAUCCCGACAACGUCAUGAAGAUCAUUGGUUUUUUACUUCUCCAUGACGAUGGAGAUCAAGAAAUGGCUAGAUUAGCACUAGCACAUGAAAGCCAUAUAGAAAAAGUUGUUAUGCUAGCCAAGACUGAGCUGCAUCAACGACGAUCGAUGCCAGUCCCGGUAUCACCAUUAGCCAUUAGAAACAGGCAGUCUUCAACUUCCCCUCCAGGUUGGGAGCAACAACAGCUUACUAACAAGCAUACUCCUGAUUACAUACCAUUAGGCUACCAUGAUUCUAUGUAUGACAUACAAAAUUCAGUUAACUUAUUUUGUUUAGAGGACCAUUUGGAACAGUCUCUCUCUAGCUUUGAUUGUAGCUAUGCUGAAAAUGUGAUCAAUAGCUUUAGUACUAGGAACACCCGCCAUUACUCGAAUGUGCCUGAUUUUCAGCCUAGGACAUGUCACUACUACAACAAAGGAUUUUGCAAGCAUGGAAAUAGCUGUAGGUAUCUCCAUAGCAAUAACCUCCUGCCUGGGAGCCUUUCUCAUCUGUAUAAUAGCAAUUCUAAUGUCAAUGAUGAUCAUGUUUUCCGACCUGGUUCGCUGGAGAGGUUGGAGUUUGAAAUUGUCGAGCUUCUUAAAUCAAGAAGAGGCAGUCCUAUUUCAAUUGCUUCACUGCCAAUGAUUUACUAUGAGAAGUAUGGAAAAGUUCUCCAAGCUGAAGGUUACUUAACUGAGAGCCAAAGGCAUGGUAAAUCAGGUUUUAGCUUGACAAAGCUCCUCACUCGAUUGAAAAGCAGCAUCCAAGUGAUCGACAGGCCUCAUGGACAGCAUGCAGUCAUUUUGGCAGAAGAUGCUCCGAAAUUCAUGGACCAUAGGAAGGAUAGGAAUGAUCCCGGUUCGAUUGUUAGCAGCGCCCGACAGAUAUAUAUGACAUUUCCAGCUGACAGUACCUUCACAGAAGAUGAUGUUUCUGAUUACUUCAGUGUCCACUAUGGAAUGGUUGAAGAUGUAAGGAUACCCUGCCAACAAAGAAGGAUGUUCGGGUUUGUUACAUUUCACAGUAUCGAGACUGUGAAACUAAUCUUGUCUGAUGAUAGUGAGCAUUUAAUUUGCGGGGCUCGGGUUCUCGUGAAGCCUUAUAGAGAAAAGUCUAAGCUAUUGGAAAGGAAAUACCAAGAAAGAAUUGAACAACAGCAAGAUUACUUUUCACACUACAACAACCUUGAAUCCGAGCAGCUUCACUCGAUUGCUAGAGGCUAUGAUUUUCCCCCCACAAUGCUGAGACUAAGGAUGGAAGAGCAGCAACAACAACAACAACGUGCACUCGAGAGGAGCCUUUCUGAGAUGACCUUAGUUCAGAAAUCGGUCGUGAAUCAGCCCUACUUUAGCUAUCAGAUGAACGAACUGAAACUUCCUGUCCCUGAAGAUACAGAAAGUUUUGACCAUUUGAUGGAUAUUCUCAACGUUCUGAAUAGUGGCACUAACUCUAGCUCGAGCUCCACUGAUGAUAAUAAGCAACCCCAACCCCAAAACAUGACAGAUUGGAAUCACAUCGAACUCAACCUCCAGGGGUGAAAACAAAGACAUAUAUAUAUAUAUAUAUUUUUUUUUUAUGUGUUUUGAUGGUGAAAGAGUUAAGAAUUUUGUUUUGUUUUGUAAAUAAUAUGUUUUAGAAUUAAUAAAAGAAAUUUAAUUUACAGUGUUUAAA